GUCAUAUUUUAAGCCUUUGAGGUUAAGUUGAAUGAUUUUUUUUCAUGAUGAUUUUGAUCUGUUAUUUGAUUUUCUGAUGUUCAAAGCAAGUUUCAAAUAUUACAAAUCAAAAAGUCCUCCACCAUGCUUGAAAGAAGUCUUGGACAUAGACCAGACGAAAGAAUUAUUGGAGAAAUCAGUCCUGAAACAAAUACACAUUAUUUGUCAAGACAAACUUUGGAAAACAUUUGGCAUGAAAUCACCUGAAAAUUGGGAAGUAUUUGAACUCAUAGAUCAUCCUGGCUUGAUAUACAUCAAGAACCCAUAUACAAACAGUGGACAAAAAUACUGGGUUAUUCGAAGUUUGAGAGAUUUUUCUAAAACUCCAAAUAAAAGGAACAUAGAUGCUCUUGGUAUAGUAUCUGAAAAUUGGUGGGAAUCUGCAAAGAAUGACAAGAAAACCUUGAUGAUGCUGAGGUGGACUACCCUUGGCUAUCAUCACAAUUGGGAUACAAAAAUAUACAGUGAGGACAAUAAAGGAAAAUUUCCUGAGGACUUGAAAAAUAUGACCAAGUUCAUAGCUGGUUUAUUAGGUUUUGAAGAUUUCAGUGCUGAAGCUGCCAUUGUGAAUUAUUACCACAUGGAUUCCACACUUUCUGGUCAUAGUGAUCAAUCUGAACAGUAUCUAGAAGCCCCUUUAUUUUCAUUCAGUUUUGGACAAAGUGCCAUCUUUCUGCUUGGUGGUAUCACUGAAGAAGAAAAACCAACAGCAAUGUUUCUGAAAAGUGGGGACAUUAUAGUUAUGAGUGGAAAAUCAAGAUUAUCUUACCAUGGAGUUCCUAAAAUUGUUCAAACAGAAUUAAAGCUAGGUGAUGAAAUAGGAGAUGAAAAUUGUAAUCAAAAUGCCUUAUGCAUGGAUGAGGAUAAUUGGAAACCAUUUAGUGAUUAUAUUGCUCAUUCAAGAAUAAAUGUAAAUGUCAGACAAGUAUUAAGAAAGGGAUUGUUGAAGUUGGAUGAUCAAAUCUGAAUAGAGGCUGAUUUGAUCUAAUAUCUUUUUGCAGAGGAAAACUAUAAAUCUUUUAAACAUGAUCAUCUUUUCAAGUAUUAUGUUGAAUUAAUUAGUUGAGAAUGUUAAGAUGCAAUCAUAAAGCUUGACAAAAAGCAGGAAUGUGGUACCUAUUUUUGUAUUAUAAGUAGACUUGUAUUCCAUUCAGUUUGAUACUUCAAUCAGUAAAUCCAAUCAUUGUAUCAACUCUAGAAUACAAAAUAUUGACAGGAUGAUAAAAAUGACUCUUAAUCAUCUGAAAAUCACUCAUGGAAUUUUAAUCAGAUGAAAAUUACCCAUAAUCAUCUGAAAAUCAUACUCAUGGAAUUUUAUUCAGUCAUUCAAUAUUUUUCAAACCAAAUUGAAAUAUUUUUUAUUCAUAUUUUCAUAUGUCUAAACCAUGGAUGAAAAAUUUGGGACAGAUCAAUUAGAAUGAAAUAUAUAGGGUUGUUCAG